CCGGUUACGGGCUCACCAUAGCCCUACAUGGACAUUUCGUUCCGAGUAGCUAAAUCUGCACCAACAACGAGAGAGUGUGGGUAACGUUGUGGUUUAUGAGGUGCUGUUGUGUGGUGGAGAGACCAGAAACCUGCCCUCCACUACGACGCGUGGCCGCCCCGCCCCGCCUCACGGCACCACCCACUUAUUCAUAGAAAACUUUGUCUGCUUAAGGACACACUUUUGCUUUCUUGAGCAGUUACAGCCCCGCUCCUGUGCCUGAUGCGGGUUUGGUCGGCGCUUGUGGUGUUGGCAGUGGCGGCCACGGAGCUGGUGGCCGGCGAGGCAGGGGCGCUGGACGAAGCCCUCAAGGAGGGAGGGUUGAAGGAGGACGCCAGCGCCAUCACUGAGGACAAGGAACGAUUCUUCGGGUCAUACUAUACACAGACUCGCACCGUCGUCUCUGCCUUCACCUCCACCGUCUUCUUAAGCUGUCUCUCAGGCACCAGCACCGUUAAGUGCGCUGGACGGCGCCGACGAUCCUUACACGAUACGAAUAUAAAGACCCUAAUCCAGGAAUUUGAUGAACCGUCGUUGUUGGACACGAGCGGAGACGGCGGCGUCGCUGCUCUGGAGGCUUCAGACCAGGAACCCAACGAGAAGCUGUUUGGCAUCAGCAUAUGGACGACCACCGCCACCACCACCUCCGUCACCGUCUUCUUCACCAACACCAGCACCACCAUCAGGAUCUCCUACUACUGUAUAGCGGCGGGUCUGGUCCUGCCGGUCCAAAGAUGUCCUGGAGGUCAGGGCCUUGACCCUUGUGGCUGCCUGCUAGUGCUCUACAUCACCAAUUGUGGCGGCGAAACCCUCACAUCAUCAUACAGACCUGGGAUGCAGUUCGCUACGUUGGUAAUGAUCUGCCUGGCGGCGACGGCUGCAGAAGGCUCACAACAGCAGGAGCAGCAUGAGCCUGAGGAGGUCGUGGCUGACGUCAAACUUUCCCCCGAAGAGAGUGACCGCGAACGUUUCUUCAAAACGUACUCGACGACGACGUACACUGACGUAGUGAUGGUGACGUCCACUGUGUUCUACUCCUGUUUGUCUGGGACGUCGCCCGCGGUGUGCCAGGGGCGACGCAGAAAGCGAUCCUUCUUGAAUAUCAACCGUCGUCAACUGGCACUGGAUUCCGAAGACGAUGCGCUGCUUAGCAGUAUUCAGGACUAUACUGAAGAUCCAGACGGUGCAAAUAAAGAGCUUACGGAACCUUCCUCACAUAAUCCAAGUUCGAAAUUUUUGGGUAUUAACGUGUGGACCAUAUCUCGCACCACCACCACCGUCACCAUGCUCUACACCAACACCAGCACCACCAUCCGCCUCUCCUACUUCUGUCAGGCGGGACAGAUUCAGAUUCCCAUCUUCAAUUGCGCCUGAUGAGGUAAAAACAAAAAUGGCGGAGACUUGUCAAGACCUGCCGGUGAGGGGAGGUGGUCUGACAAUUCUUUGGAUGAUUUAGAUCAACGUCACAGAUGUUUGAGAUGUUUUAGAUAGCCUCACCAUCUCAAUGUUUGAGAUAGCCUCGCCAUCUCAAUGUUUGAGAUAGCCUCACCAUCUCAAAGCUUGAGAUAGCCUCGUCAUCUCAAUGUUUGAGAUAGCCUCGCCAUCUCAAUGUUUGAGAUAGCCUCGCCAUCUCAAUGUUUGAGAUAGCCUCGCCAUCUCAAUGUUUGAGAUAGCCUCGCCAUCUCAAUGUUUGAGAUAGCCUCGCCAUCUCAAUGUUUGAGAUAGCCUCGCCAUCUCAAUGUUUGAGAUAGCCUCACCAUCUCAACGUUUGAGAUAGCCUCACCAUCUCAAUGUUUGAGAUAGCCUCACCAUCUCAACGUUUGAGAUAGCCUCGCCAACAACGGUCUCACCAAAUGACAUCCGCCAUUACUCGUGUGAGGUCUAAAAUGCUUCAACCUGGUGACCAAUGAUCUACCCAAUUUGAUUUUUUUGUAAAUACUGUACAUGAGGAAGAGAAUCCAAACCUAAAUAAAGUAUGUGCUUAUGUAGACCACUUGUUUUAUUUGAG